GUCUGAUACGCGAUAGUCAACAUAUGUUUAUUUUGAGAUUCUUAAAGUUUAACCGUGUUUGAAAUUAAGGAUUGUUCUUGUAGAAAUGUCCACUGCAACAAUGGUAGACUAUACAAAUAAGAAGAUUCUUGCUCCCAUGGUUAGAAUUAGCUCUCUUCCCAUGAGGUUGUUGUCACUGGAAUAUGGAGCUGACUUGGUGUACUGUGAGGAAAUAAUCGACCACAAAAUACUAAGUGCAAAAAGAAUUGAAAAUGAAUUACUGGGAACAGUUGAUUAUGUUUUAUCAGAUGAAACAGUUGUCUUCAGGACUUGUCCUCAAGAAAAGGAGAAACUUAUUUUCCAAUUAGGUACCUGUGAUGCCCAGAGAGCACUAAGAGCAGCUAAAAAAGUUGAAAAAGAUAUUUCUGGAAUCGAUGUUAAUAUGGGAUGUCCAAAAGAAUUUUCUAUCAAGGGUGGAAUGGGAGCUGCACUUCUAACUCAGCCUGAAAAAGUCAAACAGAUAUUAACAACACUAGUCAAUGGUUUGACUAUACCAGUAACAUGCAAAAUUAGAAUUCUGCCUCAGUUGGAAGAUACCAUAUCCCUGGCUAAGAUUAUUGAAAGUACAGGAGUUGCUGCCCUUGCUAUUCAUGGACGAACAAAAGCUGAACGUCCACAACACAGAAACCACAAUGAUGUCAUCAAGGCAGUUGCACAGACACUGACCAUUCCAGUUAUUGCCAAUGGUGCUUCAAAGGAGAUCACGACAUUUGAAGACAUUGAAAAGUUUCGGCUAGAUACUGGAGCGUCGUCAGUCAUGCUGGCAAGAUCGGCCGAAUGGAAUACUUCUGUAUUUCGUAGCCAGGGAAGAUUACUUUUGCAUGAUGUUAUUAAACAGUAUCUCAGAUAUGCUAUUGACUAUGACAACAAUGUCAUCAACACGAAGUAUUGUAUUCUUAACAUGAUGCAUGAUAACAUGAAGGAUUCUGAGGGAGAGCCAAUGCUGGGCGUUACCGAGAUGAGUGAGAUAUGUAAAAUCUGGAACAUGUCUGACCAGUAUAAUAAAGUACUUGAAGAGAGAAAGAAGAAAAAGGCCAAACUAGUCAAACAAAAUGGUGCAGAUGAUGCUGGGAUAAAGAGAAGAAAACUGGAAGAUGGAAAAACACUUUUUGAGUUGCCUGUUAGAUUUAUUAGAAUGAACUACCCAGAUGCAGUCAGCCCCAAACAGUUGCUUCAUAACUGGUGUUUGAAGAACCACUGUAAAGCGCAUUAUGAUACGGUUGAGAGACCAGAGGACCGAUGUUUCAACAGUGUGAUCACCCUGGGUGAUAUCAAAUACACCACGCCGUAUUGGGAAAAAACAAAAAGACAUGCUGAACAGGGAGCAGCUAUUGCCUUCUUAGUCCUGAAUGAUAUUCCCGAUGGGAGAAUAAAAAACUCAGAAGAUGCAAAAGAAGAUCUUCCUAGAAAAUGGCGGGCCUUUUAUCAUACAAAUACUGAACCAUGCUGUGAUAAAAAUUAUUCACCUGUUUUAUCAAACCCACCUGUUGAUAGUGUUCACCACAGAGGUCAAGGUGAAGAAUCACCGGUGAAAACCACACCAGAUCUUAGCACAGGAAAUCUGAUUAACGGUGACAGAAUCAUUGAAAGUUGUGAUAAGACAAUCGAGACUUUUGACGUCAUCACUGACCACACGGUACAGAAAUGUGUGUCUGUUGAAGGCGACUCGGAGCAACCCGAAACCACACAGUGAUAUUUAUUACAAAUAAAAACAGAUGGUGUGUUUUUUAA